AUGUUGUUCAUGCAAACAAAAUAAAAGGAGGGAAAAACUCGAUUUGCUUGGAAUUAAUUUGUUUGGCUGCGAAAACCCAAAUAAAACCCAAGAUGGGUGGCGGAGAUCUUAACUUGAAGAAAUCAUGGCAUCCGCACACGAUGAAAAACCAGGAGCGCGUUUGGAAGGCGGAGGAGCAGGCGAAGAUGGAGGAACGCAAGCUGGAGGACCUUCGCAAGGAGAUCAACGAAGAGAGGGACAGGGAGGAGCUCAGACGACUGGGCGAAAGUUCCGGAGUGCUAGGAAGUAGUGGUGGAGCCGCCGGCGAAGCUAAAUUGGAAUGGAUGUACAAAAACAGCACGGAGCUGAUCAAUCGCGAGGAGUACCUCUUGGGUCGCAAGAUCGACAAGUCCUUCGAGACUCUGCAAGCUGAGGAACACCGUCAGGAGCAGAACACAGUCGGCCUCAAACAAACCAUUAACCAUGUAGAACACGACUGCGUACCCUUCUCCAUCAGAACAUAUCGCAACCUGCAGUCCACCGAACAGGUUGACUUACAGCGAAAGACCCUUGAGGAUCCCUUGAUGCUCAUCAAGCAACGAGAGAUGGAAUCCCGCCGAAAACUAUUGGAAAACCCCGUCAAACUAAAGGAAAUUCAUCGCAUCCUAAAGACCGAACAAGAUCUGAAGGCCUCCAAGGAGAAGAAGGCCAAGAAGAGCAAAAAGUCCAAGAAGUCCAAAAAGAAGAAAAAGAACAGGCAAUCCAGCGAUGAGGAAAGUAAUGACAGUGAAAACAGUGAUAGUGACGAUGACUUAGACAGAAAACUGGCACGCCAAGUUAGCAAACUAAAGGGAGAUCAUGGAAAUGGUGACAUAAAGUUGGACAAACUUCUCGACGCCAAGUACCGCACCAUAUCCAAGCAACUGGACAUGGCCACAAAGAAGAAACAAAAAAAAUCCAAAAGGAAAAGCAGCAGUAGCACUGGCGAUAGUAGCGACGAAGAAGAAAACCCUAGGAGAAAAUCUUCUAGGGAGGUUGAAUCAAGGAGACGAGAUACAAGUCGCGGGAAAAAUGUUAGGCCAGAAGACAGAAAGCAGCGGGAGAGACGCAGAAGCCGAAGCCGAAGCCAUGAAGAUAGGAAACACAGUUCGCGGAUAAGACGUCAAAGCAGAAGUCCAGAGCAAAGGAACAGACGUAGAAGUCCAGACGAAAGGAAAGAACGACGAAGGAGCAGAAGUCCCCAGGAAAGGAGGGAGAAACGAAGAACUAGAAGCCCAGAGGACAAAAAGGGGAGACAGCGACGCCAAGAAGAAAGCAAGGAAACCUCCAGAAAGCGGGAUAAACGCAGAAGUAGAAGCCCUGAGGAGCGUUCUAGACCCAAACGCAGCAGGAGCCGAAGUUCAAAAAGAGAUGACCAGCACAGGAGUGCCGAAAAGCCUCCGCAGCAAAAGGAAAGAGAACGCAGUCCGGCCUCCAAACGUCCCGCAGGCAAGCCCAAGCUAAGCGAAGCUGAUCGAGAAGCUCGUCUGCGCGAGAUGAUGGACAACGCCACUUGGAGGGAAGCGGAUCGCACCCAAGUGGUCCGCAAGCACAGAGAAGCGUAUGCUCGUGAGGAAGCUCAGAACCGUGAACGAGACUUUGACAAGGAGUUCAUCAACAAGGAGGUAAAGAAGGCCAUUGCCAACCACAACUCUAUAGGUGAUCGCAUCAGGGCCAAUCUGAACAACAUCCAGCGCACCGCCUCCUCAAUGGACAGUAACUUUGCCCGCAAAUAAACUAGGAUUCCUUUAUUUCGUAUGCAUAAUAUGGUUCCGCAACAAAUAGAUUCAAUUUUUAACGUC